ACACUACCAACCACCACCUUAUCACUCGUCAACAUGGGUCUCGCUGGUCCCAAACGCCGCUCCAAGAUCGGAAACGAUCCCAACAACAACAACUGGGCCAAAGCAACCGACUCAUUCGGCCACAAGAUCCUUGCCUCGCAGGGCUGGAAACCUGGCGACACGCUCGGCGCCAAAGACGCAAACCACGCCUCGCACUACACCGUCGGUAGCAACUCACAUAUCCGCGUGCUCUUGAAAGACGACAACCUGGGCCUGGGCGCAGCAAGAGGAGGAAACAAUGCAGAGACUUUCGGUCUGAGUCUGUACUCGGGUCUCCUGGGCAGACUGAACGGCAAAUCCGAGGUAGAGGUCGAGAAGCAGCAGACGGCACAACGAGACGUCGAAUUGGCCUUAUAUCAAGGCAGGAAAUACGGCAACAUCAACUUCAUCAGCGCAGGUUUCCUGGUCGGCGACAAGAUGGAUCUCAAGUCGACCGUAAUGCCCAACUCCAAGUCCGCCCCUUCAAAGUCUGCGCCGGACGCAGCAAACAAGAAGCGCAAGAGAUCGGAACCCGAACAGCAGAGCACCAACGACGCUUCCUCUGACUCGGACUCUUCCGACUCUGACGACGAUGAGGAAGUUGACGAAGCACCCAAGGCAAAGAAGGCCAAGGGGUCCAAGAAGGACAAGAAAUCAAAGAAGUCGUCUUCGAAGGAUGCCAGCAGCGAAAGCGCAGACGAAUCCAAGUCCAAGGAGAGACGCAAGAAGGACAAGAAGCGAAAGGCUACCGAUGCGUCAGGUUCAGAGGACGAGACACGGGCUGAGCGGAAGGCACGCCGGGCAGAACGACGUGCAAAGAAGGAAGCAAAGAAGGGGGAAAAGAGACGGAAAAAGGAAGAGAAGAAGGCAGCCAAGUCAGGCACUGCAACGCCAUCAACGACUCCUGGAACUCCUGCAGAGCCUGCACCAGUGGCUGCGUUGUACGGCAGACAGAACGUUCGCCAGCGAUACAUUGCGCAGAAGCGUCUUGCAUUCAUGGAUCCGCAAGCCAUGAAAGAGAUUUUCAUGGUCAAGGCAUAG